AUGACGUCUACUCCAACUUGUGUUGUUUCUCUGGAAAAUAUUGAUGUGAAUGAUUUUUGUUGUCCAAAUUCUGAACCCGAUCUGACAAGUACUCCCGUACAAUCUCCUCUUUUGCCUAAACAAGAGAGUUUGGACGAUGGUGACAGACUUUUUGAAGGUGAAGAAUCAACUGAAGAAAGUUUUAAGGCUCGUUCUAUUUCGAACCGUCCUCCAAGAACAUUUGCUACAAUGAACACUCAACAUCAACGUUAUAGAACAGCUACAAUCUCUUCAUUAUCUAGCCCUCAUAGUAGUUGUGAUACGAUUCAAAUUGGAUUUGAUGAAUCAAGUAGCGUUUCAUUCGAUGAUGCAACUAAUGCUGUUAAAACAAUCGAUGAGGAAUCACUGUCAUCCUCAACAUUGAUAUUGUCUCAGUUAAAUACUGUAGAUGAUAAAAAAAUUGGAAAAAAUAGUUUAACGUCAGCUGUAAGCUAUCGGGUUUGUAAAGGCAAACCGUCGUCAAUUUAUCGUCGUGCAUCAUCCUCUAAUGGUAGUAGUGGCUGUGUACAAAAAAAACAACUUGCACAACGCACACGGAACAAUGGGAAACGUCGUAUACCAAUUACAGCAACCGUAGUUUGUGAAGAACCGCUGCGGCGAGGAAGACCGAAGAAAUCGAAAGAAAAAACGUUAUCUGUUGCAUAUCCUUUCCAACAGUCGGCAAUGCAAGCGAACACUGACAGUGACAUAUCGACAAACAAGACAACAGGAACCACAUCAUUGCCAAAACAUUCAAUAUUCUGUGAUGACUAUUAUACGGUUGGGGUGGUGAAGCGAGAUGAUGACGAACAUCAUGCAGUGACGGUUUUAUGUUCAGCAGAUGAACAAUUCAUACUUGAUCAGGAUAUGUGUGUAUGUUGUGGUAGUUUUGGUUUGUUGGAUAAAGAAGAAGGUCGUUUAAUAUCGUGCACACAAUGUGGUCAAUGUUAUCAUACAUUUUGCGCAUUUGGUACUGGAGUGACAAAAUUGUCUAAAGUUAUCUUGAAAAGGGGAUGGCGUUGUCUUGAUUGCACAGUAUGUGAAGGUUGUGGAAAAACAACAGAUGAAAAUCUGUUAUUACUUUGUGACGAUUGUGAUAUUUCGUAUCAUACAUAUUGUUUACAACCACCUCUCGAUCAAGUGCCAAAAGGAAAUUGGAAAUGUCAAUGGUGUGUUCGAUGCUUGAAAUGUGGCUCAACGGCGCCUGGUCCUUCUCAUAAUGAUUCCAUUUGUUCGUGGAAAAACAACUAUACUGAAUGUGAUCCAUGUUAUUCUGCUCGAGUUUGUUCUGUAUGUAGUAAAUCAUACAAAGAUAAUGAACUUGUACUACAAUGUGUUAAGUGUGAAAGAUGGUCACAUGCUAUGUGUGAAAAUAUACCUAAUGAAGAUCGGAUUAAUGAACAAUGGAAUAAUGAUGAAUGGACAUUUACUUGUUUGUUAUGUAAACCAUCCUCUUCACUUAGUGAUCAAACAGUUUUAAUAGAUCGUCAACGUAGAAUUUCAUCGUUCGAUCAAGAAAUCAGUGAUCAUUCAUCGCCAUCACCACCAUUAGCUCAACCGAAACGAGGUAUUUACGACGAAGGUGUUUAUCUGACGGAUUCUGGUCUAUCACAAUUGAAAUAUAUUCGAACAAAAUUAAACAACGCUAUUUAUUCACCACCACAAGUUAAAAAGUCGAAAACAGUAAAAAAACAAAAUCAAAACGAUGAACAAACUGUAGCAACUAUUACUAGUAAAACAGCAGGUGUGCAUGAUGAAACAAUUGUGAAAAAAGUGAAUAAACUAGCAAAAGGAUACUCAGGUAUUGGUGGGUUUUAUACAAAAAGUCAUGGACGUUCACGUUCGAAACGGAAUAAUUCUGUGCAUCAAAUGGAUGUUAACGUUUAUGAUGAAUUUGAUGAUAUGUCAAUGCAACGUGGAAAUAAAUCAAAUAGACGAAAAAGGAAAAGUACAUUAGAAGAACAUAUGCCACCAGAAAUGCAGGAAGCAUUUUUUGGUAAUAAUUUAGUUGUUUCAACUAGAACAUUAGCAUCAAAUAAAAUGACAAAUGAUCGCCACAAUAAUAUAGAUGACUAUAUAAUGACAAACGGAAGUUUGGCUUUUCUUAAAAGUAAUGAUAGUUGUGUCAUGGAUGAGAACAGUGGAGAUAUUCCAACGAUAACGUCAACGACGUUAACAAAUCAUAAUGAUAAUUCGAUGUAUACCAUUCAACUUGAAUCGGAUAUACUAAAUAAUUUAAUGAAAAGGAAAAAAAUAUCAAUACAGCAACAACAACAGCCACGAACAACUCAAGGAGGCGUUUCUAAUGUUAAAAAUAUGAACGAUGAUGAUGACAUAAACUUGUUUGAGCAAGAGGGCUUCGAAGUUUUAUUCAAUUAUUUUAUGGGCAAUUCAACAAUUGAAAAUGUACCUGUAUCAUCGGAUAUUGAAGAUUUUAUUCAGUUUGUCACAGAUGAACGUGACGGCACGAUUGUUAACAGAUCACAAUCGAAAGACAGCGCUGUACAUUGUUCGAGAAGCGAUCUAUCUGUCCCAACGAACCCACUAACCACUGGUGCUAAUGAUAAUUCAAAACAAAUAAUUAGCAAUAUGGCACGGGAAAUGAUGGAAUCAACAUUUGGAAAUAAUGUGACAAAUCAGACUAUAGCACAACAACAACAGCAUCGUAUAAACCAAAAUAUUGUAUUGAACCAAAAUAGAAAUGACUCUUUUGUGUGGAUGCCAGUACAUUCGAAUGAUGAACAGCAACUACAUCAGACAAAUGACCACAGUUUACUUAAUGAAAUUGAUUAUUUACGUCCAGUAUCACAAUAUCAACCAGUAUCACUUCAAUUAGGAAUGAAUAAUCAUAUUGGUAGUGUAAAUUGUCUCAGACCAAAUCAGAAUGAUCAAUUAUUUCAAGUAACACAAGCGGGUACACCUGAGUUUUAUCUUCCACUCAUUAAAUCUGAACCAGGGACCAAUAAUGUUUUAUAUCAUUCAUUCACAUCUAAUCAAAUGUUAGCGAUGAGAGAGAUGAUAUUAAAAAAUCAAACUUGUCACACACAACUCGGGAAAAAGCAUGAACAACAACAAAAAACAACUUUAUUCCCGGACAAAAAUGAUUUGUUCGCACAAAAAGACUAUUUUAAUAAUGAUGGACAUUUUAUUUCUGAUGGUUUACAUUCAUAUGCUCACUUUGAACAAGUGACACCUGCACAAUUUGUUAACAACGACAGUAGUGAAUGUUCAUUUCCAUGCUUUGCUCAACAGCAAAAUUCAUUUCGUCAACAACCGAGAUUAUAUUGUUUACCACCACAGUCAGUAACACCACACUGUUCUGAGUAUCAGACUUUGUUAACCGAGCAACAACAACCACAACAACAACAGCAAACUAAAAGAUCUAAACGAGAGAUCGUUUCCAGACCAAACAAACGUCGUUCUGGAACUCCGCCAGUAUCACUUGACUGUGAAAUUAGCGUAAAUUCUGCAACAAAAUCAUCGUCGUGUUUUAUACUACCUCUUCGGCAACCAUCAUCUCCUAAUCAACAGCUUGAAUGCUCACGAUCCGAUAACGUAUUACCAAUGACAAGAAAAACAUCACGCAUAGAUUCAACGCAAUACGUGGCAGCUGACGUUUUAGAAAAAGUAGACGAAGUUAUUAAUGAUGUUAUACAAGGACGGGGUGAAAUUUCUGUGAGUGCUGGAACAAGUGAAAGUUAUACUUCACGGCAAUUUCAAACAAGUAGACGGGCAGCAAAACAAGAACAGUAUACCCCCACAAUCGAUGAAAAAGCGCUAUCAUUACUCAAAGAAACAAUUAACAUACGAUCACCAUCAUUAUUUAUGACCGAAUCAAUUUCAAAUAAUAUUGAAAUUAAACAAGAAAAUGUUUGUAUUGGUAGUUCACCUGGAGAUCUACGUAUACAAUCAUCAUCUACACCAAAUCGUAAUUCACCCAUGAUUCGUACAUCAAGUAUUGAGAGUUCAAAUCCAAUGACAAUUCUUGUUCAAAAUCCAUUCGAUGAGACUCAUCAUGUAUCACCUAAUGCAACAUUAUUACAUUCGCCAUCAAACGAGACAACAUCGAAAUUCUUGAUCAAUUCACCACAGGUAUCGUCUGUAGCGCCUAUUUCACAGUCACCAUCGAAGCAACAUAGUCUAACAAAUUUGCAUUCACCCAGAAAUGUUGCCACACCAAAUCAAAUGAUUGAACAAAGUCAUUUGAUUAAUAAUAAUAAUAACCCAGAUGGACAUUUAGAUGCAUCAUCACCAAAUAGACCACAACAAGC